GCAAAUAUUGGUCUAAUUUAUAAAGAUCUAACACAGUAUCAAUUAGCUUUAGAAUAUUUAAUAAGAGCACAUGAAAUGUAUCAAUGUUUAUUACCUGAAGAGCAUCCCUAUAUUGCAUCGGUUCUAAGUGGAAUCGGUUCAGUAUAUGAAGAUCAAAGAGAUUAUAAACGUGCAUAUGAUUAUUAUAAAUGUAGUUUUAAAAUGGAACAUAAAAUAUUACCUAGGGAUCAUCCACAAUUAAAGAAACUGCAAUUGUUUAUUAAUCAAGUCUAUAGAAAGAAAGUUAAGAAAAUGAGACUAUUGUCAGAAGAGCAACCAGCAUUUUUGACAUCUGAAGAGAACUCAUUUUAUGUUGAAGAAUUAAUAUUGCCGACAUUUAAAUGA